AGCUAAUUGCGAAGCGCCUUGUUCAACUGACACGUUACAUCACUCAGACCACAUCAUGGAUACAAGUACUCCAGCUGGAACUGCACAAGAUCCCAAUACCAAUGGUUCUAACUUAACAGACGAAGAAAAAGCCAGGCUACAGGUUGAACUAUCUCAGGUUGAAGAGGAAAUUCGUCUACUUCAAGAAACUCUUGCUGUAAAGUUGCGUCGAUGUAAUGAGAUAAAGAAGAGUCUUGGUUAUACCUCACUUUCAACUUUGCAACAUGAUCUCAUGGAAGGCAUUCACAAGUUAGAGGAUACAGAAGCGUAUAUUAAAACUACUGAACUUAUAAGCAAAGCAAAGGAUAAAACAGUAACUGUCGCACAAGAUGCUAAAGAAAAAGUGGAGUCAACUAUCUCUGCCAUUCGAAAUUCAGAGGUUGUUAAGUCAAUAAAUGAUAGAGUUGGCACAGCUUAUUCAACUGUUAAGGAUGUUAUAAUUCAUUCCACGUAUGGACAUGCACCAGAUGACGAUAGCGCUAACGAUAACAAUAAUAAUAAUGAAAGUAAUAAACAAUCAUAAGCAGCCAUAUUGCUAAGUUGUUUGUGCAUGCAUGUGUGUGUGUGUGUGAGUGUAACAAAGAAUCUGUUGAUCUUAACUGGCCUUUCAUACUACUUUUUGUGUAUAAAACUUCAUUUGAAAUGAUAAAUAAUAUCAGUAAUCAUUAGUGAUUAUUAUUAUUACGUAACUGUUAAUUUAUCUGACUUCUUGAUUUUUGAUUUACAGUUACUUUUGAUUUAAAUUUAUUUCAUUUGCUGUGUUACUUUGGUGAUCAUAUUUUGAAUGUAAAAAUAAUAUGCUUAUUCUGUUAUUUUGUUUUUU